AGGGGUGUGUGUCAGAAAAUAUGGUGUCCACAGUUGGACCAACUUUGGUACUUUGUCAUGAUAGAAAUAAUUGUAAAUUUUCACCAGAAAAAAGUUAAAAACAUUCUGCUUGAAUUCCUGUGUUUGCAUGACUUCAUUAAAGUCUUGUAUCCCCCGGAAAAAAUUGAAAGGAAAUGUAAAAAACAUUCAGUCCAUUUCAAUGGGCAUAAGCUGAACUGUAAUAACUCUCUCUCUCUCUUUCUUUUCUCUCUCUAGAGUGUAGUCACUCCCGUGAGCAAAGCUCAUCUCAUUUUGAGCCAUAUCUAGCAAUCCCAACUCAAGAUCUGAACAUUCCGUGGUACCACAAUAACAAACUUCUCUCUUGCUCACCAAUGAGUGACUGAAAAUCUAUCUGUGUUCAUCUUCGAGUGCUGAAUGGGGAUGAAAAUGAGGUGUUACGCAGUGCUAAUGAUUUCGUUUGUGUGUCUCACAUUUCUGACGGGGUGUUUCGGUGGAGAAACGCUUCAGCUGAACGAUGAUGUUCUGGGCCUCAUCGUGUUGAAAUCAGGGUUUCAAGACCCUUUCAAGUCCCUGGAUUCCUGGAAUGAAGAUGAUGAAUCCCCCUGUGCAUGGAAGUUCAUAAAGUGCAACCCUGGAAACAACAGGGUUUCGGAAGUUUCACUUGAUGGCUUGGGCCUAUCGGGGAAGAUUGGUAGGGGCCUGGAGAAGUUGCAGUCGUUGAAGGUACUUUCUCUGUCUAGCAACAAUCUUACGGGCAGCAUCAUCCCGGAAUUGGCUCUUAUACCAAAUCUUGAAAGGCUUAAUCUUAGCAAGAAUUCCCUUUCAGGCAAUGUCCCUUCAUCUCUUUCCGACGUUUCUUCUCUCCAGUUUCUUGAUUUGUCACAAAAUUCUCUAUCAGGGCCUCUACCUGAUGACAUGUUCCAAAACUGUUUUUCACUUCGGUAUCUUUCUUUUGCUGGAAAUCGUCUCGAAGGGCCAAUUCCAAGCACCCUUCCCAGAUGCACAACCCUGAAUCACCUCAACCUGUCUAGUAACCACUUCUCUGGGAACCCGAAUUUUUCUGGGGGAAUUUGGUCGCUUACGAGGCUCCGAACGCUGGAUCUUUCCAACAAUUUGCUGACGGGACCCGUCCCAGUUGGCAUGGCUGUCAUGCAUAACUUGAAAGAGCUUAUUUUACAUGGAAAUCAGUUUUCAGGAGCCUUACCAGCUGAUGUUGGCCUCUGUCCACACUUGAGUAGGCUAGACUUUAGCAACAAUCUCUUGAUUGGACCAGUUCCACAGUCUUUGCAGAGGCUAAAUGCACUCAAAUUCUUGAGUUUAGCCAACAACUUUCUUACUGGAGAUUUCCCUCAAUGGAUUGGUCAAAUGAGCAGCCUGGAAUACCUAGAUUUCUCAAACAAUGGCCUGACAGGAUCUCUUCCUACUUCUAUGGGAGACUUGAAGUCACUGAAGUUUCUUAGUCUAUCUAAUAACAAGUUGAGUGGAUCCAUUCCCACCACCAUUGCUGAAAUUUCCAGCUUAUCCCUGGUCCGGUUGAGAGGAAACACCUUCAACGGUAGCAUACCGGAAGGUUUGUUCGAUAUGAAAUUGGACGAAGUGGAUCUUUCAAGAAAUGAGUUGACAGGGUCCAUUCCUCCUGCAUCUAGUAAGCUUUCUGAGACCCUUCAAAUAUUGGAUCUGUCAGGGAACAAUAUCACAGGAGAUAUCCCUGCAGAAAUGGGGCUUUUCAGCAGGUUGAGAUAUCUGAACUUGUCCUGGAACAAUCUGGAGUCGAGGAUGCCACCGGAGCUUGGUUUCUUUCAGAACCUCACUGUUUUAGAUCUUCGCAGUAGCGGCUUGAUUGGAUCGAUUCCAGGUGAUAUAUGUGAUUCCGGCAGCUUGGCCAUCCUCCAGCUUGAUGGAAAUUCAUUGACAGGUCCAGUUCCUGAAGAAAUAGGCAACUGCUCAUCACUCUACUUGCUGAGCUUAUCCCAUAACAAUCUGAGUGGCCCAAUACCAGAAUCAAUGUCAUUAUUAAGCAAGCUCAAGAUUCUGAAGCUGGAGGUCAACCAGCUGAGUGGUGAAAUACCUCAAGAACUUGGGAGACUUGAAAAUCUUCUCAUUGCUAAUAUAUCCUACAACAGGCUCGUCGGUCGGCUUCCUGCCGGAGGUAUUUUCCAGACCUUAGAUGCUAGCGCAAUUGAGGGAAAUCUCGGUAUUUGUUCACCGUUGUUGAAGGGACCAUGUAAGCUGAACGUCCCAAAGCCUUUGGUUCUUGAUCCCUACGCCUAUGGAAAUCAAAUGGGAGGCCAAAAUCGAGGAAAUGAACGCUCAAGAAGUUCAACAAACUUUAGGCACCACAGGUUUCUCAGCGUCUCAGCUAUUGUUGCAAUAUCAGCUGCAGCUGUGAUUGCUGUUGGAGUGGUUGUGAUAAGCUUGCUGAAUGCUUCAGCUCGGAGGAGAAUUGCAUUUGUUGACAAUGCCUUGGAAAGCAUGUGCUCAAGCUCCACAAGAUCGGCCAACAUGGCUGCAGGGAAACUUAUUCUUUUCGACUCAAAGUCCUCUCCGGAUUGGCUCAGUACUAGUUUUGAUUCGGUACUUAAUAAGGCAGCUGAGAUUGGGGAAGGAGUAUUUGGGACCGUGUACAAGGCUUCAGUGGGAGGACAAGGAACUACGGUUGCAAUCAAGAAGCUUAUUACAGCAAAUACACUUCAAUAUCAAGAAGAAUUUGAUCGUGAAGUUCGAAUUCUUGGGAAAGCAAGACAUCCCAAUUUGAUUCCACUGAGAGGUUACUACUGGACUCCUCAAUUGCAGCUUCUGGUAUCAGAUUACGCAGUAGAAGGAAGCUUACAAGCAAAACUACACGAACCGUCUCCUUCUUCUUUGCCACUUACUUGGGCCAACAGGUUCAAGAUUGUGAUGGGAACAGCAAAAGGACUUGCUCACUUGCACCACUCAUGUCGCCCACCGAUCAUACACUACAACAUAAAGCCUAGCAACAUACUCCUAGACGAGAAUCUGAACCCAAAGAUAUCAGACUUUGGACUAGCAAGGCUUCUAACGAAGCUUGACAAGCAUGUUGUUAGCAACAGAUUUCAAAGUGCACCAGGCUAUGUGGCCCCAGAACUGGCAUGCCAGAGCCUAAGAGUCAACGAGAAAUGCGACGUAUAUGGCUUCGGUGUCCUGAUUCUUGAGUUGGUUUCGGGCAGAAGGCCGGUCGAGUAUGGAGAGGACAAUGUCGUUAUACUAAGUGACCAUGUAAGGGUGUUGCUUGAACAAGGAAACGUGCUAGACUGCGUGGAUUUGAGCAUGGGAAAGUAUCCGGAAGAGGAGGUUCUGCCGGUUCUUAAACUGGCCCUGGUAUGCACUUCUCAGAUACCUUCGAGUAGGCCUUCCAUGGCUGAAGUGGUGCAAAUACUGCAGGUCAUCAAGACUCCUGUUCCAAACAGAAUGGAAGCUUUCUGAGAUUGUCAAAUCGCCAGUCUCGGCCGUCUCACGGACAUCAUGAACGGGAAAACUUUGAACUGCACCUACUUUUGUAUUUUCAUAUCACUAAGUUUUUCAUUGACAUUGCAGACUACUGAUUCAAACAUCUCCUCUUUAACUAUUUGUAAUCCUCCUGUCCUGUGAAUUUGUCAGUAGUAGUUGCAUGUUUUGGAGAAAAUUAUAUACUCCUAGUUUAAUUUUGUUAAUUA